UUAACCCUACAAGCGAAUUCUGCGUCGGGAAUGGCAGUAAACGACGAGUGCAAGCUCAAAUUCCUGGAGCUGAAGGCUAAGAGGAACUUCCGCUUUAUCGUCUUCAAAAUCGACGAGAAGCUGCAGCAGGUCACAGUGGAGAAGCUCGGCCAGCCGGAGCAGAGCUACGAUGAUUUGGCCGCGUCGUUGCCACCCAACGAGUGCCGGUACGCCGUCUACGAUUUCGAUUUCGUCACUGAUGAGAACUGCCAAAGGAGCAAGAUCUUCUUCAUUGCUUGGUCUCCUGAUGCAUCAAGGGUGAGGAGUAAGAUGCUGUAUGCCAGUUCAAAGGACAGAUUCAAGAGGGAGCUCGAUGGAAUACAAGUGGAGUUGCAGGCGACGGACCCGAGCGAGAUGAGCAUCGACAUCGUGAAAGGGCGAGCUAUCUAA